AUGUCAGCGCGCUUCUCGAUGGUUUAUCCGAUGCGUGCCAAGUCCGAAGUCCUACAGCACUUCAUCAGCUUUCGGACCUACAUCGAGGCAUCGUCAGACACACGUGUUAAAAUUUUACGAAGUGAAAACGGCGGCGCGUGCACCAGCAAAGAUUUGCAAACGUACUGUGAGAAGACUGGAGUAGCACAGCAGCUCACGGUUCCGUACAACCCGGAGCAAAACGGAAUGAGUGAGCGCCUCAACCGCACGUUGGUCGAGAUGGCGCGCUGCAUGCUUAAGGAGAGUGGACUUGGAAAACAAUACUGGACAGAAGCUGUGGUGACUGCUGCAGAUGUUCGCAAUACUAUCCCAUCAGCUGGUCGGAUCAAAUCCCUCUAUGAACAGCUGUACAAGCGGCGGCCUCAGUUUGAGCGGAUGCGAUUUUUUGGAUGUGUGGCGGCUCGAACCGACAACCAUGGUGACCAAGGUCAGCUGGUGGCUUAUCCGGCUGAGCCACAUGGCAAAUCGGACGUUUUAAUGGAGCGAUCACAAGACAGUGCAAUUGUGCCAUGGACGCCACCAUUGUCAAUCUUACCGGUCUUAACGCAGCUAUCAUCAACACCUGGUUGUGAUGGUGAAGAUGAAUUCAACAUCCGGUCAGUCCGUAAGCGUCGUGAGGUGGUGCGUUACCAGGAUGAAUUCCAGCGCCCGUUUCAACUGGACGACGACGAAGCUACACACGCCGCGCUAUUUUGUCUGGUCGCUGAAACAGCUGACGAGAGCGUUACAACAUACAAAGAGAUUCUACGCUCACCGAACUGCAGUCAGUGGCAGCAAGCAAUGAAAGCAGAGAUAAAUUAUCUGCGAAGCUACAGGACAUGGCGGCUAGUGCAGCUACCGGCUGGCAAGAAACCUAUUGGAUACUGCUGGUUGUUCAAGGUAAAACGUAACGCGGACGGGACUGUCAAUCGCUACGAGGCCCGGUAG